AUGCCUCAACGCAACAACGUAAAAAAGCCUUCAAAUGAAACACAUAUACAGCUUGCCCUCCAGGCUAUCCAGCAAGACGCGACACUAAGCGUGCGACGCGCUGCAGCAAUAUACCAGGUCUCUCAAAGCACCCUAGGCACGCGCCUUACUGGAACCUCUUCACGACGCGAUUGCAAGCCCAACAUGAUAAGGAUGACUAGUACUGAGGAGGAGGUGAUUAUCAGACAUAUACUCGACUUGGAUACACGUGGAUUUGCGCCUACGUACGAUGCUGUACGUGAUAUGGCUGAUAAGCUGCUGGCUGCGCGCGGCGCUGGUCAGGUAGGCGUCCACUGGCCGCGCAACUUUGUCAAGCGUACAGACAGUCUCACGACGCGUUUCAAUUGA